AUGUCAAACAAAAAACUUGACGUUAUUGAAGAUAUUAUUUCCAGUUUACUAUUUGUAAAUGGUGAUUCAAUACAUCCCUUAAAGGAUUGUGUUAAAUUUGUUGAAAAUUUUAUAUUUGAACAACUGAGAAUUGUUUUGAAAAAUGCUAACGAAAAUAGAAUUUCAAGGAAUGCAUCUAAACUUAACUAUGUAGAUUUUCUAGUACAAGCUAGGAAACAUUCAAAUUUAAUGAAACGUUUUCUUUUGAGAAUUAAAUCAUAUGAAGAAGCACAAAAAGCUAAAAGUUUUUAUGAUUCUUUGAAAAAUACUGACUGUGACUAUGAUGAUUAUUCUGGAUAUGCAGAUAUACUAACAAUACCGGAUGAUGAUGAAGAAGAAUUAUCAAAAUCACUUGAAUCUAUACUGGAAAUGAUGGAUGGUUGCGAAGAGUACAUCAAUUUUAUAAAAAAUGGUUAUAUAUUUACUGACAUAACAAAACAAAAAAUAAUGCAAAAAAAAGAAGAGAGAACAAAAAAUAUGAGUACCGAUGAAUAUAUUAUAUUUGAAAAUAGCCGUAGCAAAACAUUAUUUUCCACCACUUAUAUAAAGUGUGCGCGUCACAAAACAAUAUUAGAAAUGAUAGAUCCCCAAUUUAAUUUCUCAACCUUAUCUUUAGAAGCAAUUCAUUCACUAAAUUUUAUCACAUCAGAAAUUGUAUCAAUUUUGGUUGCUCAAGCUACAGAGAUACGCUCUCAUAUUUUAAAAAAUGACAGUAGUAAGUACUAUGAAUCAAUAUCGUUGGAUUAUUACAAACUAGCAUUGAAAAAGACAUCACGUUACAUGAAAACUGGUAAUUAUCUUUUUGGCGUUAUUGAUUGA